UUAUGGCAACUCAAGCAUUGAUCUCUUCAUCAUCAAUUAGCACUUCUGCUGAGGCUGCAAGACAAAUUCUUGGAUCAAGAAAUGCACAAUCUCUUGGUAGAAAAGCUUCUUUUGUUGUGAGGGCUACUUCCACUCCACCUGUCAAGCAAGGAGCAGAUAGGCCACUCUGGUUUGCAUCCAAACAGAGUCUUUCAUACUUGGAUGGCACUCUUCCAGGUGACUAUGGUUUUGAUCCCUUGGGACUCUCGGACCCCGAGGGGACAGGAGGAUUCAUCGAGCCGAAAUGGCUAGCAUACGGUGAGAUCUUCAACGGGCGUUGCGCUAUGGUAGGAGCAAUAGGUGCAAUAGCACCAGAGAUUCUUGGAAAAGCUGGUCUCAUCCCACAAGAAACAGCACUUGCAUGGUUCCAAACUGGUGUUAUCCCACCAGCAGGAACAUACAACUACUGGGCAGACAAUUACACAUUGUUCGUUUUCGAAAUGGCACUCGUGGGGUUCGCUGAGCACCGGAGAUUCCAGGAUUGGUACAACCCUGGUUCAAUGGGUAAACAAUACUUCUUAGGCCUUGAAAAGGGGUUAGGUGGUUCAGGUGAACCGGCAUAUCCCGGUGGACCGUUCUUUAACCCUCUUGGAUUAGCCAAAGAUGAGAAGUCUAAGAAGGAUAUGAGACUCAAGGAAGUGAAGAAUGGAAGGCUUGCUAUGUUGGCAAUUCUGGGAUAUUUUGUUCAAGCAUUGGUUACUGGUGUUGGACCAUACCAAAACCUUCUUGAUCAUUUGGCUGAUCCUGUACACAACAAUAUCUUGACAAGUCUCAAGUUCCACUAAAACUUGUAGCAAAAUCACUCUUUUCUUCAAAAUCUCCUCUCCCCUCUUCUCUUUAUGUGUAAUGUAACAUUAUGUGCAGAUAAUAUUCUUCAUGUCAUCUGUAAUGCUAAACAAAAACAAGGGACAUGUGAUUUUAUAAGGCCUGAUAUAUAUGUUUUAGAGUCA